AUGCUUGCUCUCAUUACUACGGAUUCACUCGUGCUUGCAGACCCUGCCACACUCAAACACACACCCCCUUCGUUACAGGAAUGCGAGACACUUUCUUCUCGUUGCACGACCAGCGCUUGGUCUCAAGACAAUGACCAUAUAUUUCUCUCAGACUCGAAACACGUUCACAGGUACACGCUUUCCGAGAGCCAGCUCCAGAAGCUCUAUACCGCCCCACCAGGAGAUUCUAUUCAUUGCCUGGCUGCGAAGGAUAAGGGAAACGCGUUGGUUGUGGGUGUCGGGAGCAAGGUGCAUACAAUAGAGUAUGGCUCUGGGACGGGAAAGGUAAUCCAGACGUUCGAUUCCCAUAAAUCGACGGUAACGACGUUGUCACUCUCUAACGACUCAACGCUCCUUGCCUCCACAUCCUUGUCUGCUGUGCACAUCCAUAAUCUGACUCUAUCCUCUCAUACUGUUCUCAGAGGUGUACCCACGAGUGCACCUAUCAAAGCGUGUGCAUUUCACCCUCAUACUCGCACUCGCCUUUUGCUGGGGACUGGAAAGCAAUUACUAGUCUAUGAUACAACGAGACCUUCAGGCCCAAUCAAAUCUAUAUCGCUUGGCGACGCUACCUCCGGAGAAAUUGUCGCUAUUGCCUGCAGUCCAUUUAGCAAAACGCUUGUUGCAGCAGCAACUUCAGGUGGAGACGUCGGUUUGAUGGAUCUUGACAAGGAGAAAGGCUUAAUCAAGAUUGUUAACCUGAAGAUUCCUUUAACGUCUUUAGCUUUUACUGCUGAGGGAGCAGCAUUAUACUUGGGAACGGAGAACGGGAAGCUUUUGGUUUUAGACUUAAGAGCGCUGGAUAAGCCUCCAAAGUCCAUCGCAGUUGGCCAGAAUGGAUCCAGAAUCGAGACCAUGAGUGUACAGAAAAAGCUGAAAGGCUCGGCUGCUGAUGCUAAAACCAAGGCUGCUGUUCCUGGGAAGAAUCCGGCUGCCAUAAACUCAACAGCCAAAGCCCCCAGCACUCAGAGAAAUCCUAGCAAUGGUGAUACUGCUGUGCAUCGUCCUCUAGCUAACAUAAAGACCAAGGCUGCACACUCUUCCCCUGUUCGUGUCCGCUCGAAAAUGGGUUCCAUCAGUGCUGGUGUCAAGUCUCCUGCUCGGGUAGCUGUAGCGGCCAAACUCAAGGCCGAUACGGGUCAUGGAUCACCCAGGAAAGGACCAGUUAGAAAGCCAACAGGAACCGCUGCAAAAAAAUUGUUCUCUCCCGUCCGCGACCCUUUAAUCAACAGUGGAAAUAUAGAUGGCGGUGAAAACGAUGAUUUUUCUGUGCAUAUCGAAAGCCUGGCAGCUAUGAGGAAGAAAGCAAUAGGUGGAUCUACUAUCUCGAAGAAGGAGAACCUCGUACUGGACACAGAUGAUGAAAGAGCUGAUUUCGAAAACAAACUAGCGGUGCCGUUUGAUUCGCAACCAUUCAGUACUGGUGUAAGCCAGGCAAAGUCAACCCGCCCGAGUUCACGUACAUCCGCGAGAGUAACCAGCGGAGGAGCGAUGUCCGACUUUCCUUCGUCUGGUGGAGUCAGUCGAGAGAGAGACGGUGAAUACUUGGACGUCGUGCAAGAAAAGUUCGAUUCCAUAUCGGCCCACUUAGGAGCAAUGAAAAAUCGAGCGGUUUCUCAAGCUACUACAAGCUCCAGAGGGAGUGGCCGAUCUCGUGCGGGGUCAGUCUUAUCCAAUGCUUCAAAACAGGGACCGUCGACCUUGGGUUCUGAUGCCAGAUCUACUUCGAGCUUGGGGGUUCGAAAAGAAGAAGCUCGAUCAAGGCCUGGGUCUCGUGCGGCUUCAGUCAUCUCUAGGACUGGCUCUGCGAUUUCAGCAACAGGCGUGUCUACUCGUAAAGAGCAAGAACGGGUUAGUAACCACGAUUAUGAAGAUGAUAGGCGCCGUACGCCAUCACCCGAGCUACCCAUGCCUUUUAACGAUCCGGUAACACCUAUUCCGAUCGCGAAGAAGACGGCAGGGUUGGGAGUGCUAGGGCUUGGCACGCCCGAAGUCGCGAAGUGGAUUAAAGCGGGCGACUAUGAAGGCAAGGGUAAACAGAACGAAGGUAAACGGGUGGGCUUCAUGAAACAAUGUGAUGAUACAGGCCCGAGCGAUGAAGAGGAAUCCGGAAGCUCUGACGUCGAGUCUUACGAAGAGGACAGAGAGAAAGCCCGCGAGCGCGAGUUGUCCAUGCAAAUAUCUCCUCGGCGACCCUCUCCUCCAGUUAUGAUACCCUCUCCCCUUCGCGAUUCAACGCCGGCGGCGAACUCGGCACAUGAUCUGCUGCGUACUAUAAUGCGAGACGUGAUGUGUGAUUUCCAACAGGAGACAAAAGCCGAGAUGAUGGGCCUUCAUCUGGAUUUGGUUCGCAUGGGCAGGGGUUGGAGGAGCGAGCUGAGGGGAUCGAUGGAUGAAUGGGGUGGAGAACUGCAACAACUACGAGAAGAAAACAAGAGGCUUAGAGAAGAGAACGAAAGGUUGAGGCGAGGGUACUAG